AUGGCACCCGGCGAGUCCAAAGAUGAGCGCGACAAACGAGUCGCUCGGCUCUGGGAAUCUCUGGACACGCGCAAGGAGGGUCAUAUCGACUUGACUGGCUUAAAGAAAGGCCUUAAGAAGAUCGAUCACCGUGAGUUUGUCCCCCCCCAAUCUCUGAUCGGGUCUCGUGCCGGAAGCUCCCGACUGACGCGGUCGCAUUUACUAGCUCUGAAAAAUGCAGAUGAUAUGCUGCGCAACAUUCUGCAUGAUGUCGACACCAACGGUGAUGGCCAGAUAGACUACAAUGAGUUCCGAACAUUUAUCGACCACACCGAGUCCGGACUAUGGCAGAUGUUCCAGGCCAUCGAUCGCAACCACAAUGGGGAAAUCGACAAGACAGAGCUACGAAGCGCGUUUGCACAGUCCGGCGUCACAGUAUCGAGCGCAAAGCUUGACCAUUUCUUUGCCGAGGUGGACAAAAACAAUGACGGGGUAAUCACUUACGCGGAAUGGAGGUUCGUUGAACAACUGCCCUCGAUCAAGUGGUUUGCUUGUGGAGGAGAUACCUUGACGAGCCGGAGCCCAAGUGAACGAAAUCCAGCUGACUCGAUACCUCAUCUCGUGUGCCGCUUUAGGGACUUCCUUCUUUUCCUACCGCUGCAUUCCACGUCCGACCUACGCGCCGUCUUGUCAUACUACACGGCGACGGGCAAUCUAAACCCGGAAGGAGAUGUCCACAUCAAUGAUCUGCAGGGUUUAGGUACAGACCACAUAUUUCUUACUCGUUAUCUCCUGACCCUCCAGCGCCUCUUGUACAAUAUCCUCUCUUUGCCCGCGCUGGCCUCUCUCCUUCCUUCAGCCCUCGCGCAAACCAUCACCAGCCCGGCUACAACGUCGCCCACUGCUUUCGGGAAUGAAUAUGCCUCGUUAGAUGGUGACUUUGAGCUGGAGUGGCUGCCCAUCCCUAAGACCGUCGCCAUGUGGAUGUCCUUCCGCUAUUAUGAACGCAAGUUGACCGAGAAUACCCCUCAACUAGGCUACUUUAUUGCGGGCGGUAUCGCAGGCGUUGUCUCGAGGACGGCCACUGCCCCUCUUGACCGUCUCAAAGUCUAUCUUAUCGCCCAGACGGGGACAAAGGACACGGCGAUUCGCGCGGCGAAGGACGGUGCUCCCUUGGCGGCGGCAGGGAAUGCGUCAAAAUCCUUGACUGGUGCGCUGAAGGAGCUUUGGCGGGCUGGCGGUAUCCGAAGCUUGUUUGCUGGCAACGGGUUGAAUGUCUUGAAGGUGAUGCCAGAGUCUGCGAUCAAAUUCGGAGCCUACGAGUCGGCCAAACAAGCAUUCGCCCGAUUCGAAGGACACAACGAUCCUAAAAAGCUUCGGCCUACAUCACAGUUCUUGUCGGGUGGUAUCGGUGGAAUGGUAGCCCAAUGCUUCGUCUACCCUCUUGACACUUUGAAAUUCCGGAUGCAGUGCUCAACUGUCGAAGGUGGCUUGAGAGGAAACAAGCUCAUCAUAGCCACGGCCAAGAAAGUGCUCAACGCCAAUGGGCUAUUUGGGUUCUUCCGUGGCCUGCCGCUUGGCCUCAUUGGAAUGUUCCCUUACGCGGCGAUUGACCUGACUACCUUCGAAUACCUAAAACGGGCUCUCGUCUCUCGCCAAGCUUGCAUCGACCAUUGUCAUGAGGAUGACGUGACUUUGAACAACUUCCUGACUGGAACCAUCGGUGCUAUCAGCGGCGGUUUCAGUGCGUCAGUCGUCUAUCCUCUCAAUGUGAUGCGAACUCGUCUACAAGCUCAGGGCACCGUCCUCCACCCGACCACAUAUACCAGCAUCACCGAUGUCGCCCGCAAAACUCUCCAGGCAGAGGGACCGCGCGGGUUCUACAAGGGUCUCACACCCAACCUUCUCAAGGUGGCCCCGGCCGUGUCCAUCAGCUACGUGGUCUACGAGAACUCGAAGCGGAUGCUCGGCCUGAAAUAA